GGUAUCGAUGCGGUACGCACAUCCCUAUAUAUCUUAACUUUGAGGUUACAAAACCCUCAGCGUGGUGUGCUCUAGUCUUAGAAUUGGCAAAGUAAGCGUAAUCAUUACAUUUUUAACGAUUAUGGCAACGUCCUCGACGAUGGAAUGUGGUGAUUUCUUGGAAUUUCAGGACGCACUCCAAAAAAUGCGACAGAUAGACGACAAAAUAAUCUACCUUUUGAAUACAACAAUACCCACUGAAUCAUUCAAGGGCCAGGUGGAUGCAACAUCAAAUUGUAAGGACUUAUUCCACCAGAUUCAGUCUGGUCACUCCCAACGAGAGAUAGCCAUUAAAAAGUGUCUCAAUACAACUCGAGACAGGGUCAAGAAGUUGAAGGAUCAGAAAGACAAUAACCCCAACGAUAUAUUUAUCCUGAAGAGUCUGAGGAAAGAGCAGAAUACUCUGAGAAUGCUUGAGUCAGAAUUGAACGUCGAGGAAGUAGUCAAGAGCCGCACGAGCAAAAUCUACCACGAGAAAUGUCGUGGUUUCUACAAACCCAGUGAAUGAGAGGCAAUUUAAUGAUUCUAUCAUUUUUAGACCGACUUUAACCUGUUUUACUGGGUGCGGUAGAGACCAGUUGGCCUGAUAGAUAAAUAGAGAAAAUAAUUUUUUUAAUUGAACCCUCGAGAUCAUUUUCUAGGGGGUUUGUUAAAGAUUUCUGCACAUUUUUGCUGCAUCUGUCGACAAAACACAUGAAGUUGGAGUUGAAGUUGAAGGGGGUGGAAUUCAUUGAAUUGUUAUAAUAUAUUGUAAAUAUAAACAGAUUUUGAUGAAUUAUCUGUGA